AUGAACACAAACGGCAACGCGGUCGGUCAGGAAGGUGGUGCCGGUACCGAUUACGGCGGGAACGAGGAGACGGCGGCUCUGCUUGGCAGGCCGCCGCCGCCGCCGGUCGUGGUGGCCGCGGCGUCUCAGAGCAAACCGGUGCUCACGCGGCAGGAUCGAGCGACCUACCUGAUCGCUUCGCCGCAACUGUCCGUGUCCGGGCUCGGCGGCUCCGAGGAGAGCGGCACCAACGAGGACCCGGCGACCCGAUCGGUACCGGACAUCGAGCUUCACUGCCGGCUGGACGGCGAGCCGCAGCCGCAGAUCCAGCAGCCGCAGUCGCAGCCCCAAUCCCAGCAGCAGCUACAGCCGCAGCUGCAGGCGCAGCCGGUAGCGUCCUACCGUUCGUCCAGGCAGUCGUCGCAUCAGCACAGAUGCAGGGAGAGCGUGAAAAGCAGCCACCACUGUUGUCCGUGUCAGGCGCCGCCGCCGCCGGUGUUGGUCACCACGUCACCGAACGCGCGCAUAAUACGACAAAGCUCGCAACCGGAGGCGUCCGCGUGCUGCUGCUCCGGCUGUUGCUGCCCGCUGCACACCGGCGCGGCACCGAGCGCUGCCUCGCUGCGGCAGCUCCGCGAGCCGGGCGACGGAAUUGCCGGCAUCGCAGCGGACUCGCUGCGGAUCAAUGGCGGCAUCCGACAGUUCCGGCAGGGCGUCGUACUCUGUCCACGUACGCUGUCGCAGGUGCGACGAUCACGACUACGCCGGGCCCUCACCGAGGCGACCGCCGAGACCGUCAACUACGUCAAGACGCUGCGGAAGCCAGUGUCGACUCUCUCGAUCCCGGGGGCGAUGAAGAAUAGCGGCGGGGUGGCCGGCGGNNNNGGCGAUGACGCCGGCAUCGCCCUCGUGGGCGUCCACACCGAGUAUCCCCGUUACAUGGACGAGCGCAUGGUGGCCGGCGGCGGCGGUUCCCUGAAGCGCGGCGGCAGCAUCGGGUCCAAGCACAAGCCGAACGUCGGCUACCGGCUGGGCAGGCGGAAGGCCCUGUUCGAGAAGCGCAAGCGCAUCAGCGACUACGCCCUCGUGAUGGGCAUGUUCGGCAUCAUCAUCAUGGUCAUCGAAAACGAACUGUCCAGCGCCGGCGUUUAUACCAAGGCCUCGUUUUACUCGACAGCACUGAAAACCCUGAUCUCUGUGUCUACUGUGAUACUGCUUGGCCUCAUAUUUGCUUACCAUGCCUUAGAAGUUCAGGUACGUUUGUUCAUGAUCGAUAACUGCGCGGACGACUGGCGGAUCGCGAUGACCUGGCAGCGUAUGGCGCAAAUCGCGCUCGAGCUGUUGAUCUGCGCGAUCCAUCCGAUCCCAGGCGAGUAUUACUUCCUGUGGACGACCAAGCUGGCGAACAAGAACGGCAACAUCGGCUCCCAGUGGGUGCCGUACGACGUCACCCUCUCGCUGCCGAUGUUCUUCAGGCUCUACCUCAUCUGUCGGGUGAUGCUGCUGCACUCGAAGCUCUUCACGGACGCGUCGUCGCGGAGCAUAGGGGCCUUGAAUCGCAUCAACUUCAACACCAGGUUCGUUCUCAAAACCCUGAUGACCAUCUGCCCCGGCACGGUGUUGCUGGUCUUUAUGGUCUCACUGUGGAUCAUCGCCUCGUGGACACUGCGACAGUGCGAGAGGUUCCACGACGAGGAACACGCAAAUCUCCUAAACGCCAUGUGGCUCAUCGCCAUCACGUUCCUGAGCGUCGGUUUCGGCGACCUUGUACCUAACACAUAUUGCGGUCGAGGUAUAGCCGUCUCCACUGGAAUGAUGGGAGCCGGGUGCACUGCUUUACUGGUGGCAGUCGUUUCCAGGAAACUCGAACUUACACGGGCGGAGAAGCACGUGCACAACUUCAUGAUGGACACACAACUAACGAAAAGGUUGAAGAACGCCGCGGCAAACGUGUUGCGGGAAACAUGGCUGAUUUACAAGCACACACGCUUGGUGAAACGCGUCAAUCCCGGACGUGUGCGGACCCAUCAGCGAAAAUUCCUAUUAGCUAUAUACGCACUCAGAAAGGUAAAAAUGGAUCAGCGCAAAUUGAUGGACAACGCCAAUACCAUAACGGACAUGGCCAAGACGCAGAAUACCGUUUACGAGAUCGUCUCGGACAUGAACACGCGGCACGACGCGAUGGAGGAACGUCUGGUGAGUCUUGAGGAGCGUCUGGUCGGCCUAGGAGAGAAACUGAGCUCGCUGCAGGGCCAGCUUGAGCUGCUGCCCGAGGAGCUGACCCGCUGCCUGGCCCAGCACGCGGAGCGGAUGGAGCAACGGCGUAACUUCCUGCACCCGGACACCGCGGUGGCGAUGGCGGUGGCUUCCGGCGGCGGCAGCGGCGGCGGAGGAGGAGGCGCGGUCGCGUCGGGCACAAGCCUGAGCAUCUCCGGCGGCAGCGCCGCCGCCGCCGCUCACCACCCCCUCGCCAGUCUCUCCAAUUCUCCCCUGCUGCCCCACUCGCGCAGCGUGCCCAGCGCGCCCAGCACCAUGUCCCUGCACCCGUGGCCGGUCAGCCCGGUCCUGCCGCCCGUCUCCAGCCGCACGCCGCACCUGGUGCCGGAAACCGGCAGGCAUCACGGCCUCAGUCACUCCGCCUCGGUGACCGCGACGACCUCGCAGUCGGCAACCAGGCUCACUUCGCAAGCCGGCAUGGGCGGGUUAGGCAACAGUCAAGGCUCGGAUACGUCAGCGCAUAGCUGA